GGCCGCAGGGAGGGCGGGGAGGGGCGGAGGCCGAGCACGGAGUGAGUGUGCGGCGCGCGGGGCAGCCUCUGCGCGGGGCACGUCCCGGAGCCCAAGUUUCGGCCGCGGCGCGGACACGGCCCCUCCCCGGCCCGAGGCCGCCCCUGGGCCGUCCGUCCCGAGCGCCGACACCCGGGCGUCCCGACCGGCGAGCCGGGGCAGCGGCUGCCGGGACUCCGCCGCCGGAGGGAUGGUGGCGGCGGGGCGCGGGCCAGCGCAGCAGCCGCCGCCGACCCCCGCCCGGCCCCGGGCGCUGUGAUCCCGGCCGCGCGCCGGGCAUGCGGCUGCGGCCCCGGCCCCCGGCCCCCGCGCAGCGCCCCCGCCAUGCCGCGGGCCGCGGCGUCCCUGUACGCCUGCCUCCUCGCGCUCUGCGCCCUGGUGCCCCGGCUCCCAGGUCUCAAUGAAUGCACUCGUGGAAGUGCCACCUCUUGUGAAGAAUGCCUGCUAAUCCACCCCAAAUGUGCCUGGUGCUCCAAAGAGAACUUCGGCAGCCUGCGGUCGGUCGCCUCCCGGUGUGACCUGAAGGCAAACCUGGUCAGAAACGGCUGCGAAGGGGAGUUUGAGAGCCCGGCCAGCGCCACCCAGGUUCUGCGGAGCCUGCCUCUCAGCAGCACGGGCUCCAGCUACGCGGGCUCCGACGUCAUUCAGAUGACGCCACAGGAGAUCGCCGUGAACCUGCGGCCUGGGGACAAGACUACCUUCCAGCUGCAGGUGCGGCAGGUGGAGGACUAUCCCGUGGACUUGUACUACCUGAUGGACCUCUCCCUGUCCAUGAAGGAUGACUUGGACAACAUCCGGACCCUGGGCACCAAGCUCGCUGAGGAGAUGAGGAAGCUCACCAGCAACUUCCGCCUGGGCUUUGGGUCUUUUGUGGACAAAAGCAUCUCUCCUUUCUCCUACACAGCGCCGAGGUACCAGACCAACCCAUGCAUCGGUUACAAGUUGUUCCCAAACUGCGUCCCUUCCUUUGGGUUCCGCCACCUGCUGCCUCUCACGGACAGAGUGGACAGCUUCAACGAGGAAGUUCGGAAACAGAGGGUGUCCCGGAACCGCGACGCCCCCGAGGGCGGCUUCGACGCCAUACUCCAGGCCGCUGUCUGCAAGGAGAAGAUCGGCUGGCGGAAGGACGCCCUGCACCUGCUGGUCUUCACCACGGACGACGUGCCCCACAUCGCACUGGACGGGAAACUGGGGGGCCUGGUGCAGCCACACGAUGGCCAGUGCCACCUGAACGAGGCCAAUGAGUACUCUGCAUCUAACCAGAUGGACUACCCAUCCCUCGCCUUGCUGGGAGAGAAGUUGGCGGAGAACAACAUCAACCUCAUCUUUGCAGUGACGAAAAACCACUAUGGGCUCUACAAGAAUUUUACAGCCCUGAUACCUGGAACAACGGUGGAGAUUUUACACGGAGACUCUAAAAAUAUUAUUCAACUGAUCGUCAAUGCGUACAGUAGCAUCCGGUCGAAGGUGGAGCUGUCCGUCUGGGAUCAGCCGGAAGACCUUAACCUCUUCUUCACCGCCACCUGCCAGGACGGCGUGUCCUACCCCAACCAGAGGAAGUGUGAGGGCCUGAAGAUCGGGGACACGGCCUCCUUUGAAGUGUCGGUGGAGGCGCGGAGCUGCCCGGGCAAGCACGCGGAGCACACGUUCGCCCUGCGGCCGGUGGGGUUCCGGGACAGCCUGGCGGUGGGGGUCACCUACAGCUGCAGCUGCGGCUGCAGCGCGGGGCAGGAGCCGGACAGCCCCCGGUGCAGCGGGAACGGGACCUACGUCUGCGGCCUGUGCGAGUGCAACCCCAGCUACCUGGGCAGCCGGUGCGAGUGCCAGGAGGGGGAGAACCCGAGCGGGCUGCAGAACCUGUGCCGCGAGGCGGAGGGCAAGCCGCUGUGCAGCGGCCGCGGGCAGUGCAGCUGCAGCCAGUGCUCCUGCUUCGAGAGCGAGUUCGGGCGGAUCUACGGGCCCUUCUGCGAGUGCGACAACUUCUCCUGCGCCCGGAACAGAGGCGUCCUCUGCUCAGGACACGGCGAAUGUCACUGCGGAGAAUGCAAGUGCCACGCAGGUUACGUCGGGGACAACUGCAACUGCUCGACAGACAUCAGUACGUGCCGGGGCAAGGAGGGCCGGAUCUGCAGCGACCGCGGGCACUGCGUCUGUGGGCAGUGCCAGUGCACGGAGCCCGGAGCCUUUGGGGAGACAUGUGAGAAGUGCCCAACCUGCCCAGAUGCUUGCAGCACCAAGAGGGAUUGUGUCGAGUGCUUGUUGCUUCACUCAGGGAGCCCAGCUGACAACCAGACCUGCCAAAACCUGUGCAAGGACGAGGUGGUCACAUGGGUGGACGCCAUCGUGGUAGGCUCCUCGCCCGUCGGUCGGUGGUCGGUGGCUCUGGCUUGCUCGGAGACACUCAGGACGUUCCUGCCUGGCUUCCUUCCAGGGAAAGAUGACCAGGAGGCCGUGCUUUGCUUCUACAAAACCGCCCAGGACUGUGUCAUGCUGUUCACCUACACAGAGCUGCCCAGCGGCAAGUCCAACCUGACGGUCCUCCGGGAGCCAGAGUGUGGCACGGCCCCCAACGUCACGACCAUCCUCCUGGCCGUGGUCGGCAGCAUCCUCCUGAUCGGGUUCGUGCUCCUGGGCAUCUGGAAGCUGCUUGUCACCAUCCACGACCGCAGAGAGUUUGCCAAGUUCCAGAGCGAGCGGUCCAGGGCCCGCUAUGAAAUGGCUUCAAACCCUCUGUACAGAAAGCCCAUCUCCACGCACGCCGUGGACUUCACCUUCAACAAACUCAACAGAUCCUACAACGGCACCGUGGACUGACGGCUCCGCCUCCUCCGAGGCCGGGAGGGGUGCUGCUGGAGUCAGCGGCCGACACGCUUGGGGCGGCUGCUGGGCGCAGUCUCGGCUCCUAGAUAGACACGCAGAGACUUAGCAGAGAGCCUGGGAGAGGUGCCGUUGCUGGUGCAGGAAGGCUCCCGGCCCGCGGUGCCGCAGGCCACUGGGCCAGAGCCACGCCCGGCGCCACCCUCCGCACCCGGGAAGGACCUGGGGAGCAUGGCGGGCGCUCCUGGCCUUCCCCGCCACAUCCCGCUGCAGUCUGGCCCGAGCGGAAGGCACCUGGCAGGGUGGUUGGAGCGCGUUACCUCGGCGGAUGGCCUGGCUUUUCUUGUGUUGAUCAUUUUUAUAUGAAAUAAAAUGGUCAUGCAUUUAUGGCGUUGUUGUGAUUCCUGAGGGUCAUCCGCCUGGUGUCUGUGCACCUGGGUGUUGGUGACGGAGUGAUGGAGACGCCUGCGGAAGGCACCGAGUUUGCAAAUGUUGGCUUUCCUCUUCUGUCUGUGAUUGUUUAGUAUUUCUGUAAUGGAAAGGAAGGAGAUUGCUUGGGAUUGAAAGCAAAGAUUAAAACCAA